CCAAAACCAACACCAACCAUAACCAUACACAAAACCAAGUUAAUUCAUAAAGAAGAAGCUUCUUUGAAAUACCCCCUUGGAAACUCAAGCAUACAAAGAGGCCAAGCCUUUCUACAUGACAUGAUAUUACUACUAUUCCCAUAAUCAUAAUAUAAACACAACACCCCAAUAUUCAUCUCUUUCCAUAUUCAUAUAACACCAUAUAUCUCUCUCUCUAUAUAUAUAUAUAUAUAUAGGUGUUUUUCUAUCUUCUAUAUAUCUAUCUAUAUAAGUCUUGUUCAUCAGAAAUAAUGGGAGUUGUGCGCACGUGGGAAAGUAGGAGGGUGGAGCUGGAGGACUUUCGCCGGAAGAUGGUGGAAACCGCCGGCAUACAGCGGAGGAAGGAUGAUGAAGGAAGAAGAACAAACACCCUUUUUUGUUCUGAUUAUGAUGAUGAUGUUGAUGAAGGGAGGAACAUGCUCUGUGUCACUAGUGGUGUUUCCUAUUUUGGACUCGCUUUGGUCAACCACCUUUUGCUCUUAGGUUACUCUGUUCGAAUCAUAGUUGACAACCCAGAAGACAUAGAGAAGCUUCAGGAAAUGGAGAGUUCUGGUUUGAUGAGGACCACAGAAUAUCAUUUUGAAGUAGUUAUUGCAAAGCUAACUGAUGUUAAUAGCUUAGAGAAAGCAUUUGAGGGUUGUCGUGGCGUCUUUCACACCUCUGCAUUUACCGACCCUGCUGGACUCUCUGGUUAUACAAAAUCCAUGGCUGAGAUUGAAGUCAGGGUCACCGAGAAUGUGAUGGAAGCAUGUGCAAGAACACCUUCAAUUAAAAGAUGUGUGUUCACCUCAUCACUAUCUGCUUGUGUCUGGCAAGACAAUGCACAAUCAGACCUCUCCCAUGUUAUUAACCAUGGAUCCUGGAGCACUGAAUCACUCUGCAUAGACAAGAAGCUAUGGUAUGCAUUGGGAAAGAUGAGGGCAGAGAAAGCUGCUUGGAGAAUAGCUAAUGAAAGGGGUUUGAAGCUCACUACUAUAUGUUCUGCUCUCAUUACAGGUCCUGAAUUUUGUCGUAGGAAUCCAACAGCAACAAUUGCUUAUCUCAAAGGAGCCCAAGAAAUGUAUUCUCAUGGUUUGCUAGCAACAGUUGAUGUAACAAAAUUGGCUGAAGCUCAUGCAUGUGUAUUCAAGGCAAUGAAUAACAAUGCUUCUGGUAGAUACAUUUGCUUUGAUAAUGUAAUUGAUGCACAGAGUGAGGCAGAGAAGCUAGCCAAGGAGAUUGGGAUUCCUAAAGAAAAGAUAUGUGGUGAUGCAUCAAACAAUUCUUUGCAUAGAUUUGAACUUUCAAAGGAGAAGUUAUGCAGACUCAUGUCAAGGCCACUAAGGUGUUACAGUGAAUAUUAGAUGAAAUAAUGCUGUGCUUUAAUCAUACCAUGAAAAUAAUGUUUAAUUAUGGUGUGCCUUAGUGUUUAGAAGAAGAGGAGAGAAAAUAGAUGAGGCACUGUAUUCAUUUAUGAUCUAAUGAUAUAUAUAUAUAUAUGGGUUCGUUUUUUA